AUGCGUUUAAUACAAUUUAAUAGUGGUUUAUGUGUGAUUUUAAAAGAUGUACAUAGUGGUGGAAUUAAUCAAAAUAAUAUUCAUUCGAACAAUUGUUUAACGUCAUGUAGUAAUAAUAAUACUAAUAAUAAUAAUAAUAAUACGCGUAUUUUUCAACGUAAUUGUUAUCAUCCACAUCAUCAUUCAUCUACAUCAUCUAUAACAACAACAACAUCGACAAUCAGUACAAAAUCAAAUGGUAGUGGAACUUACCAUGCUAAAAUUCAACAAAAAACGCCACCAGUGUCAAAUACAGUUACUAAUACCUAUAAAACUGUCGAGAGUCGUCGUGAUAAAAGCGAUUCUGGACAUGUAAAUAUUCGUGACGAUGAAGAAGGCCAUUUAAUCUAUGUACCAGGUGACAUUUUGCAUCAUCGAUAUGAAAUUCGGCGAACACUCGGUGAAGGAACAUUUGGUAAAGUUGUUGAAGUUCGAGAUUUACGCGAUGAUGGAAAUACACGUUUAGCAUUAAAAAUAAUUAAAAAUGUUGAAAAAUAUCGUGAAGCAGCACGUCUUGAAAUCAAUGUUUUAAAAACAAUCAGAGAAAAAGAUCCAGAUGGUUUAAAUUUAUGUGUGACGUUAUUAGAUUCAUUUGAUUAUUAUGGGCAUAUGUGUAUUGCCUUUGAUAUGCUUGGUCUUAGUGUAUUCGAUUUUUUAAAAGAGAAUAAUUAUAUUCCAUAUCCAUUGGAUCAAGUUAGACACAUAUCAUAUCAAUUGUGUCUUGCUGUUAAAUAUUUACACGAAACGGCAUUGACACAUACAGAUUUGAAACCUGAAAAUAUUUUAUUUGUUAAUUCUGAUUAUAGUAUGGUGUAUAAUCAUCGAAAAAGACGAGAUGAACGUAUUGUACGUCGAACAGAUAUUAAAGUAAUUGAUUUUGGCUCAGCUACAUUUGAUUGGGAACAUCAUAGUACAAUCGUAUCAACCAGGCAUUAUCGUGCUCCGGAAGUUAUUUUAGAACUUGGUUGGUCACAGCCGUGUGAUGUAUGGAGUGUUGGCUGUAUCUUAUUUGAACUUUAUCUCGGCUUUACUCUAUUUCAAACACAUGAUAAUAAAGAGCACCUGGCUAUGAUGGAACGAAUACUUGGUCCAAUUCCCUAUCGUAUGGCUAAACAAUCAAAAAAAACAAAAUAUUUUUAUCAUGGACGACUAGAUUGGGAUGAACGAAGUUCUGCCGGUCGCUAUGUUCGUGAUAAUUGUAAACCUAUUCGCCGUUAUAUGAUGAGCGAAGAGCAAGAUCAUCAACAAUUAUUUGAAUUAAUCGAAAAAAUGCUCGAAUAUGAUCCAAAAAGACGAAUAACGUUGAAUGAAGCACUUCGACAUCCAUUUUUCGAAAAAUUAUUACCUGAACAACGAAUCGCCGUUAAUAAUGAAACAAAAUCUUGA